AAGGGAGGAGAGGCAGAGAGAGAGGCACAGCAGACUAGUAGCGUCGCAGCUUCUUUAGAGCGGAGAAGUCUACUAGGGUGGCUCACAGCGACUUUUCAUAAAUUACUGGAUGCUGCUGCGAUUUAAGUUGGAAGACCACGUGCACGGCGUAUGAAAUGCAUUUAGAGCGGUGGAUUUAAAGUCGUUCGUUGUAUUUCAAGUGCCGCCAGUCCGACCCUGUAUUCCUGAAGUACGCGCAGCGGUCGUGAUCUCUGGGAAUUAUUAGUGAUUGUUCACUGGCUCGGGACUAUGGCGCUGAAAGCCAGAGCUUUGUACGACUUCAGCUCCGAGAACCCCGGUGAAAUCUCAGUGCAGGAGAAUGAAAUUGUGACUCUGUACAGUGAGACUGAUAUUGAGGGUUGGUUGGAGGGAAUGAAUUCCCGGGGAGAGAGGGGUCUCUUCCCGGCUUCUUAUGUGGAGGUCCUCAGGAGCGAUCCGCACUCUGCUUUCAACAGCACAGGCACUACAGAUGGCUAUCCCGGCUCCCGGUACGCCAAUGUCCCCAGCGUCUCAGCGUACCCUAGUCUGCCCCAGCAGGACAGCUUCAGUCACACUCCCGCCUCCGGCUUCAUCACUUUCGCCACUCCGUCUCAUCAAGUACCCCUGCAGCAGCAACAGCACCAACAACAGCAUAGCUCCCAGGUGAGCCAGGGCAGCGAUGACGACUGGGACGAUGACUGGGAUGACAACUCAACAGUGGCGGACGAACCCGGCGUGGUUAGCGGAGGGAGCUAUCCGGAUUACGACGGAAGCGGAGUCGGCAGAUAUCGCGUGUCCACCCGCUCGGACGCUUCGUCUGUGUCGCGGGGCUCAAACGCACAGCACGGCGCCAAAAGCUCGGCCACCGUGAGCCGCAACCUCAACCGCUUCUCCACCUUUGUCAAGUCCGGUGGCGAGGCGUUCAUUCUAGGAGAGGCAGCAGGCUUUGUGAAAGACGGGGAUAAGAUCUGCGUGGUGAUGGGCCAGUAUGGCCCCGAGUGGCAGGAAAACCCUUACCCGUUCACGUGCACCAUCGACGACCCAACUAAGCAGACCAAGUUUAAAGGGAUGAAGAGUUACAUCUCCUACAAACUGACGCCCACCCACACGCACAACCCAGUGAACCGGCGUUACAAGCACUUCGACUGGCUGUACGCGCGACUAGUCGAGAAGUUCCCAGUGAUCUCCGUGCCGCACAUCCCCGAGAAGCAAGCCACCGGGCGCUUCGAGGAGGAUUUCAUCUCCAAGAGGAGGAGAGGGCUCAUCUGGUGGAUGAACCACAUGACUAGCCACCCGGUGCUUGCUCGCUGCGACGUUUUCCAGCAUUUUCUGACGUGCAGCAGCACAGACGAGAAGAGCUGGAAGCUGGGCAAAAGGAAAGCGGAGAAAGAUGAAAUGGUGGGAGCUAACUUCUUCCUGACUAUCAGUACGCCGGCUAAUCCGCUUGACUUGCAGGACGUGGAGGCAAAGAUCGACGGCUUCAAGACCUUCACUAAAAAGAUGGACGACGGCGUCUUGCAACUCACCAACACUGCCAGCGAGUUUGCCAGGAAACAAAUCACCGGCUUUAAGAAGGAGUACCAGAAAGUGGGUCAGUCCUUCCGAUACCUCAGCCAAGCUUUCGAGCUCGAUCAACAGAUGUACUCUGGGGCGCUCAAUCACGCCAUCGCCUACACCGGCGAGACUUACGAUGCAAUCGGGGAGUACUUUGCAGAGCAACCCAAACAAGAUUUGGACCCAGUGAUGGAUUUACUGGCACUGUACCAAGGGCAUCUCGCCAAUUACCCGGACAUCAUUCACGUCCAAAAAGGAGCCCUAACCAAAGUGAAAGAAAGUAAGAAGCAUGUAGAAGAGGGGAAAAUGGAGUUGCAGCAUGCAGAGGGAAUUAAUGAUCGAUGCAAUAUCAUCUCAUUUGCCACCUUAGCGGAGAUCCAACACUUCCACCAGAUUCGUGUUCGGGACUUCAAGGCACAGAUGCAACAUUUUCUCCAGCAACAGAUUGCUUUCUUCCAAAAGGUGACACACAAGCUGGAAGAUGCACUCCAGAAGUAUGACAAUGUCUAGGCACUGAGGCUUGAGCUCACCUCCACCCAAUUUUGUGGCCUUUCCCAAGAAGCAACAACCCAGAAUCACUCCAUUCUGCUGAAGACAGAAAUAAGAAAUGCACCAUAUAGAAGAUUUUUGACCAGCUCUUUCCAGUGUAGGUAAAGGCUUGAGAACAUCAGUUAUUUUCCUUAAAGUUUCUUCAUUAUUUUUUAAGUGGUUUUAGGGUCCAGUAUCUAUAUCCUUAUCAAUUACUGAGAAAGGUGAAGGCAGGCUGCCUCCAUUUGUAAGUCCUAUGGAUCAUUGUUACAGCAGCAAAUGAAGUAAUAAACUGUAAAGUAUUUAUUAGACAAAUCUGAAAAUGAAACACUGCAACAAUUUGCACAGGCUGAUCCAGGCUUAAUUCUGUGAAUAUGGCUACUGUAGCCAAACAGCGUAUCUUACCUGAUUCCAAAAAGACUGGAGUGCAUUUAGAAACCUUCUGUCUGUUGUUCUUCGGUUGCUGUAGAGCCUAAAUGAUCGGCCAUCAUAUGGAGUGGAGUACACAGUGUUCUACUCUGAAGGCAAAGAAAGAGCAAAUGACAUCUUCCUAUGCUGUAGCUUUAUGUCUGGACGCUUUAUCUUUGAGUCCAGUUGAAUCUCGGUCUGAACUGUGAGCUGCUCGUGUCAGAAAGCAGAUGGAUCACCUGUAGGUAAGCCAGGAACCAGGGCACACCUUAGUGCUGCAUUACAAAAGAAUUCUAUAUAUAGUGGAGCAAGUUUAUAUUUGAUAUGUUUACACUUAACGGAAAAUAUAGCAUAUGCCUUAUUCUGUUGUUAAAAAAAACAAAAAAGAGAGUAAGAACAUUGAAUUAUUUUAAUGAUUAGUCCUUAAUAAGCAUACAGGAUGUUCAAGUUCCCUUUGACUGGUCCACCUCAGUUGCCUUGGAAUAAGAGCUUUUU